CAACCGCACGCUUCGCGCCAUAUUUAUUGUUAUAUUCUUGUGCAGUUCGUUUAGAGCAAACCGAGAUAUUAAUGUUGGAAAGAUGCCACAAACAAAAUGAAAUUUUAGAAAUUAUACACAAGAUGCAAUGGAAGCAGCUGUGCGUUCACAUAAAACUCCGUAUAAAACUGAAGCAAAAAAGUUUAACGUGCCAAGGGAUAUCUGUUCGCAUGUCCCAAAACCUUACUAGAUCAAGAGCUGUAAUAUCCAAGGAGCAUUUUAAAGAGGUAGAGAGAUUCUUGGAUCAGACUCAACAGAAAUACAUCUUACAAGAUCUUAGAAGGAUCUUUAAUACAAAUGAAACUGCUUUUAUUCUAAAUCCGAAGGGUGGUAAGGUUUUAGAAAAGGGGAACGAGAAAGUAUAUCAAGCAAGUCAAUCCAGAUGAGAAAGAAUGCCUACCAGUUCUUGUAACGGGUAGCGCAUCUGGUGCUGUACCUCCUCCAACAGUUUUGUUUAAGUAUAAAAAAAAUUCACAGGAAAUAGCACAGAAUUUCCUUCCAGAAUGGGUCUGGGAAAUACAGAUUCUGGUUGUAUGACUUGCGAGUCGUUUUUCGAAUUUAUUGCUGACAUUUUCCAUCCGUGGCUGGAGAAAGAAAAUAUUCCUUUGCCGGUCAUUCUUUUCGUGGAUGGGCAUGUGUCUCACCUGAGUUUACAAGUGGGUCAGCUUUAAAAAAUGGGAUUAUCCUCAUUACCCUUUACCCCAAUGCAACUCUUCUAUUACAGCCAAUGAAUGUUGCGGUUUUUAAGACACUGAAUGCAACAAUCUUCGAAAAUGUAAAUGUGGGCUCUUUACGUGGAACCCAGAAAUUGUCACUGUCCCAUUAAAAAAUAAAGACGAUCAACUCACGAAUGUUGAGGAAAGUAAAGGAUUUUUAAAAGAAGGGCUUCGGUUUCUCAAUCAAAGUAUUCCACAAAGCAUGCUCAUUCUAUUUCGCAACAGAGGUAAAAAUGAGUUGGAUGAAAAAAAGAUGUCACUGUUUGAAUUGUGGCAAAAUACAAAACUAGAAAUAGAAAGUGGUUUGCGAAAUGCCUCUAUUGAGAGUCUAUUGUAUCAACGAGCUACCAAAGAAAGCAGUGAAGCUCAAGAAGUUUGCCGGCUAUUAUACCAUAAAUAAAGACCAAGACAUCAAAAAUAAAACAAAUUCUUUUAGUACCAAGGAUGAUGACAAUUUAGCUAAUUUGUGUGAUGAUAAUUAUUUAAAAUUACAUCAAAACCAAGCAUCACUAAAAAGGCAUUAU